AUGGCCGACGAAACCCCCUCUCAAACAGCAAAGUCCGCCGAGGACCGCAAAGCCGCCUCAGCCCUCGAGAAUCUCGACGCUGCCGACUCUCCUUCGACACCACAAAACGUUGACGCCGACGCGGCCAACAAAGCAAUCAAGACCCUCGGCGGCGCCAGCAAGUCCGCAGCCGCAGCCGCCUCCAACAAGAACGUCAAAGUUGAUGCUGCUGACGUCGCUCUUCUCGUCGAGGAGCUCGAAUUGCCCAAGCCAAAGGCUACCGAGCUGCUAAAGAGCAAUGAGGGUGAUGCUGUCAAGGCUAUGAGGGCGUUUGUCAAGGCUUAA